AUGCACAUACCAGAAUUGCAAGGUGCAUCUAUUCGUUUUUCAAAGUAUGGGUGGCUGCUCUUGUCUCGAAAAGAUUGCAGUAUCUUCUUUUUCCAUCCCUUCAACAGGAUCAAGAUAGAACUUCCAAGAUAUCCCCAAGAAGAUGCAUUUCAAACAAUGUGCUUUUCUUCUCCUCCAGACUCUAUAGAUUGUUUUGUUUUUGGAAUCACAUUCAAUGGAGCAAAAUUCGGCAUCAUUAGGCGUGGUGAGGUAUAUUGGACCAUACACGAAUUUAUACGGGGAUUUGAACCUUAUGGUAUAUCUAGUUGCAGUCCCCUAUUAUACAAAGGAAAGUGCUAUUGGUUAGGUCAUGCAGGACGGGUGGGAGUAUUUGAUCUGCAGAAAUACAUGAGAGCACAAGAUACUAAUAAUGAAUACUUGUGUCGAUGGGCAUAUCAUUCUUCUAUUCUUCUAGAAAUGUUAGGUGAUUCACUCCACAGAAGUUAUUUGUUGGAAAGUGCUGGGAAGCUUUUAGCAGUGUUUGAGCUCCACGAUAAUGAGCCAUCUUUUUUCAUUUUCUCAUUAAAUCUCUCCUCGAUUAGGCCAAAAAUGAAAUGGCAUCCAAAGAGAAAUAUGGGAAAUAAAUUGCUCUAUGUUAGUUCUGGAGGUUCUUUCUCAGAAUUGGCUGUAAUAAAAGGAAUGAGAAAUAUGAUUUACAUGCCAACAGUUCAAGGCAACAGUAAUGUAUUCUACUCUUUCAGAACUAAGAAAUACCACUACUUUUGCAAAGAUAAUUCGUGUAGGACUUCAUCUCACGGAGAAGAACCCAUCAACUGCACUUGGAUUAACCCUAUGCGCAUAGAUUUGGAUGAAGCGUUUGAAUGGUGA